UGUCCCCCCCCAUCCUCAGCCCUCUCCCUGUGCCCCCCCCCUGCUAUGAGCGUCGGCCGCCGCUUCCCCCUGAGCAGCUGCAAAUGAAAAUGGAGGAUAUGUCUGUGGCUGGCCUGGAUAACAGCAAGCUGGAGGCCAUUGCGCAUGAGAUCUAUGCAGAGCUGGUGGAGGACGCCUGCCUGGGGCUGUGCUUCGAGGUGCAUCGCGCCGUCAAAUGCGGCUACUUCUUCUUGGAUGACACCGACCCCGACAGCAUGAAGGACUUUGAGAUCGUGGACCAGCCGGGGGUGGACAUCUUUGGGCAGGUUUACAACCAAUGGAAGAACAAGGAAUGUGUCUGCCCCAACUGCAGCCGCAGCAUCGCCGCCUCCCGCUUCGCCCCCCACCUGGAGAAGUGCCUGGGGAUGGGGCGCAACAGCAGCCGAAUCGCCAACCGCAGGAUUGCGAGCAGCAACAACAUGAACAAGUCGGAGAGUGACCAAGAGGACAAUGAUGACAUCAAUGACAAUGACUGGUCCUAUGGCUCUGAGAAGAAAGGUUCACCCCCCUUUCUUUUUUCAGGUGAACUCAGUGGGAACCCAGACCCCUUCAAGUACAGCAACUCAGCAGGAAUCAGCUACGAGACGCUGGGCCCGGAGGAGCUGAGGACGCUGCUCACCACGCAAUGCGGGGUCAUCUCUGAACACACCAAGAAGAUGUGCACCAGAUCCCUGCGGUGUCCCCAGCACACGGAUGAGCAGCGGAGGUCGGUCCGGAUUUACCUCCUUGGUCCUUCAGCGUCCCUGCCUGAGGCUGAGAGCAGCGUGGAGAACGACGGCUUUGACGUGGCAGAGAGUCAGGCCAUCAUGAGCCGCCUGCAGUGGGAUGGAGCCUCCGACAUCUCCCCCUCGGAUUCAGCUUCUUCCAAAGCCAGUACCAACAACUCCGAGUCCCGUAAGACCAAGAAGAAGAAGCCCCACCUGGGGUUGGUGAGUGGAGCCCCGGGGUUGGGAUCCAGCAAGAAGAAGAAGCCCAAACCCCCCGCCCCACACACCCCCAGCAUCUACGAUGACAUCAACUGAGCACCACGGGGAGGACGGAUGGACAGACAGACAGAGACAGACGGACGUGGGGUACCUGGGGGGCUGCAGGAUGCAGGACUCAGCCAUUGCUGGGGGUUGGGGCUGCAGUUGGGAGCCCCUGUUUGUGCCCACCCCCCCCCGACCCCCUCCACUCCCAUCCCCCCCAUCCCGGUGCCUCUAUUUAUUCUGUGACGUUGUUUUUGUACUGGGAGGGAUCCCAUAAGUGCCCCCACCCCCCCUUGCAUCACUCCCCCCCCCCCCAGUCCUGCUACAGUCCCCCUUGCGUUCCCCCCCUCCAGAGCACCCCGUGUCAGUGGGGUGGGGGGCCAUGGGCCCAUGGGGGGGGGCACAGAAUUCUUUCUGUUGCUCCAGGCUGGUGCUAUGGAGUCAGGCUCAGGAUGGGGCAUAUGGUUGGAGGGGGGGGGAUGUUCUCUAUGGGACCCCUCCUCCUCUUGAAGCCUGUGGUUGGGGUAUGGGGGGGUUGUGGGGCUGUACAUGCUGCGUGUGUGGGGCAACUGCAGCUUUACCCCCCCCAUACACCCAGCUGAUCUCGUUUGGGUGAAGGGGGGGGAACCCCGACCUCCUAAUGCUCUGUCGGGGGGGGGGUUGAACAGAGUGGGGUCUCUAUGGUUGGGGGUCUUGGUCUUUGUUGCCCCCCCUCCCUUAAGGCUGGG